AUGACGCCUUUACAAGCAAUGAGAGGUGGAUUUAUGUUAGGGAUAUGGAUAUCUUUGACAAUACUUAGUGCUUCCGAAUAUUAUGAUAUAACAGUUGAUGAGACGUACAAACUUUUUAAAAACGAUUGUGAAAUUAAGUUAAUCGAGGAAAGAAAUAGUGCAUUGCAUAAAUUCAUGAAAGAACAUCAUAUCUAUAGCAAAUGGUUUGGGAAAUGGAUGAUGAAUAAAUAUCAAAGAAGAGAUGAGGAACUCGGUAAAUUGUCAAAUAACAUUAUUGAUGAUGUACUGUAA